CAUCACAGAGCGAAGUUGGGAUUUCCAGCCCUACAUAGCCAACUUGCCCACUCCCGGCCUCCUCUCUUCUUUUUUGGGUACAUUGUGACAUAUUGUCUUUACCGGCAUCCUUCAUCAAUCUGGCCUUGCCUUGUUCCACCUUGUGAACACCACCUGAGCGUUUUUUUGGGAGCGAGCGAGCGAUCGAAAUCAAAUCACAACUGCAUGAAUCAUCUUGGACGACCGAGCACUACAAUUGCCAAUAUAAAGAGGCUCGAUACCUUACCUCCUCCAUCAUCUCUGCCGUCUCUAUUGUGUCUUGGACUGGUCUCUCGGCACGUAAUAUUCCAGUCUGAUACCUGGGUGCCUGGGCUGCGUAAAAUUGGCUGCGAGCUGUCUAAAGAGAAGACUGAGGAGCUUUGCACUGGAGGGAGGCAUUUCAAAGCCAAGACCACUCUUCAAACUGCUAUUAUUGGCUCAGUUUUACAAUUGACGACAUCAUCAGCUUGGUUUCCGGGGCCAAGGGCAGGAUAGCUCUCGCCAUUUUGGUCACAUCCUGCUGUCAACACAGGACCAAUUUCCCGGCGGCUGGGAAAACCCCUCGUCUCCCUUCCUAGGCAACUGUCUUUUCAACCUGACCACAAGCAGAAACAAUUUCCUUGUCUCUCAACUAGCAAGCUUCCUGGCAAGUUCGUCAACCAUCUAGCUUGGAACAACUUCAGCGAUCUCGCCUCAGUACAACUUGGUGUGAGGCUUCUGAAACGUUCAACUGGCUGGCCAUCUUCUGGUUGACCAUACUCUGUAAGUCUUCUCAUACUUGAUGCUCCCCAUUCUCCAAUGAAUCAGGCCUUUCAGUUGAUGAUUCACUGGGGGUUGAUCCUCUUUUGGCGAGGAUAUUGAGAGAUGAUCCAAGGAUUGAGUCCAUCUGGGGAUAUCUGCAACAACGUCAGCUAACCAAGGAUUAAAACAGUCUACUGCCGUUACUCAUUCCUCUCGAUUUUAAUCUUGGUCCUCCGAUCGGACUUCCCAACAUCAACAUGCUUCUUCCACGCCACUCAAGCAAAAUCCAGCCUCAUGGCUCCCAGGCCACCACUAGGCAAAGUCGGCUGAGAUCUCCUGGUCUUCGGCUCAAGACAAGUUCGCUCGAUCUUAUUCCUUCAGAUGAGAAGGCCCAGGCGAUGGCUUCAGCCGACUGGAGAAAGAUGGCGCCGGAUUCCGGCCUCGGCGAUAAUCGUCAGCAAAUUUCAGACGAGAAUAACAGACAUCCAUCCGACCAGAAUGAUGGCUUUUACUCGCCCUUCGUGCUGGGGAUGAAGCCUAUGAAUAUUGGAUCAAGGGCUCAGUAUCAGUAUGCUAGGGACCCUACAAGCGGCAUUGCUUGGGAGGUCAUUUCAUCGGCUCCUGGGUGCGAUUUCAGGCGGGAGGAAACGAGAACCAGCGAGUCGUCAGGCAUACCGUCCUCAAUCCUCAAGGCGUGCCAACCGAACCUCCAAGACACCACGAUGGUGCGGCUCAAGGCCAUCAAGCCAAUGAACGUGAGCAUCAACGGCGACAUCAUCAAACUGCCCAACAAAUACUCUUUGGAUGUUACCCCUGUUGACAUCCAAGAGCCAGACGCUGCUUGCUUUAUGAACAGGGAACACGGCGAGAUCCUGGCCACUCUCAAGCUCCUCAAGCCCAAGGCCCGCUUACGCCGUAUGAAGUCCGAGCUUCACGAAGAGAGCGUUCUGAAAGAUCUGGAUGACUUCUUGUCCCGACAGAGUGGGAAGCCUCCAAAGAUCGUCGCGGCAAGCAAGGAAAUUCAACGCCAAACCCGUAGGUCAUCGGGGCAUUGGAGCAGCCAUGACUCUGGAAUCUCAACCGGUUCUGAAACCUCUGGCCUUCAGAAAGAGAUGCCUUUAGGGGCACAUCAUCGAACACCUGCGGAAGGUCACCGCUUUCAGACACUACUCAGCCGCCUACACUUGACCACGGAGACAAGAGAAGCUUCCCAGUCGCCGACAGCACCUGAUCAUGCUGAGACGUCGAAGAGCCAUGCUCAGGUGGUGGAUCCUGCAAUUAUCGCCGCAAAGGUCAAAGACGAAGAGCGCGAGGAGACGCCCGACAACUCGGAAAGGGGCGCGCGCGAAGGUACCUUUUUCGGAAGGGAUUCUACCUUGCUGUUUGGGAAGGGUAAAUGGGCGCAAAAAUCACACGAUUCUGGCUAUUCAACAUUCCAUUUCAUGAAACAGGGCACACAAGAGCCAACAAGGCCCAAGGCGGUCGAGCAUUCUGGUCCUACGGUUCAGAAGCGCAAAGAAGAUUCAAUAUCAUGUUCAACCAUCUCAACCAAGUUGAAUCCCACAGCUGCCGAAUUCAAGUCGGUCACCAAAGGUGACCUCAAGUCAGGGGUGAAGAGCGAUUUCAAGCCCGCGCCCGCAGCUUAUCCUGCCCCUCCCUGGACUCCAAAAAGACGGACACGGCCUUUACUCAACAAUAUCUUUCCUGGUGUACUGGAAGAUCCCGGUUUCAUGGCCCAGACAGUGCCAUUUGUGGCAAACGAUUGUCUUCAAGGUAGUCCAUGGCAGACAAGUGGUCCUCCAGCAGGGCCAGUGUGGGUGGCUGAACCGGGACAGCCUAUCCCAGAGAUGGCCUUCCAACCACCAGUAGCACCAAUAGCAAUGGCACCUCUUCCCAUUGUUGAUCCAGAUGGCAAGGGACCACGACCGGUAUUUCCCGUCACCCAGAAACCACGCGACCAUGACCCUGUGAAGCAGCAGGCAUAUGAAUCGUAUCUGGAGUGGCGAAAGGCCAAUGAGCCUGGCUAUCACAUGAAGUGCAAAAUGCGUCAAGCACACCGUGUGGUUCGUCAAUACCAGCAACAGGCGCAGACUGCUGACUGGAAGACUGUAGCUGGGCAGGCCAAAGCAGCAGCUGGAGCGUUGGAAGCACAUGCAGCCGAGGAAAAGAGGAGGUCAAAAGAAGCAGCUCUCAAGGAGCAAUUCAAAAUGAGCGUGAAGAAGGUAGCAGAGUCCUCUGAAGCCACGGAGAUAAAGGAACAAACACUUCCGGACACGAAUAAUGAAAAGCAAACACAAACAUUGGUCAUAUAAAGCACACGAUGACGAAAAGAGGGAUAUGCCCGUUUGCUCCGGAAUACGAUUCUUGUCAUUUCGAAAGCUCGCUCGCUCAGGACAAUUCUUUUCAACAGUUAGCAACCUUCGUUUCCGUUCCCCAUCUUAUUAUAUUGACUUCGAUCAUCUCAGCUCAGCAAACAGGCAUAACUACGAUCCUUCUUUUUCAGCAUGAACCCGGUGUUCUAUAGACGAGGAAUGAGUUAUUUUACCGUUUGCUUUGGAGAAUCAGAGGUAGCUUUACCGGGGGAGCUUCAGGAAAUCAUAUUAUCCAUUGAAUGGUUAUGGACUUUAUGUCCUGAUGGCGCAAUUUGCUUUUUCUUUUUCGUUUCGGUUUGACUUAUCCAGCUACAUCAGCAGAGGAAUCAAACAUGGAUAGUACGUGACUCGGGAGGUUGGCUAGGUAUUCGGCUUGACCGAGAGUUAUACAGCACAACAGAGUUUAGUAUUGGUAGUUUGGUUGUGCCAGCAGUGGUGGUUAUGUGAUG